CAAAAGUGUAUGGUUUCACUAAUGUGGUUUUGGUCUAGUGGUAAAUCUUCCAAGUAAAAAUACCGAAUUUCGACGUUCGUUGGAAAGAAUAUUUUCUCCAAAAUGAAUUUUACAAGUUAUGGUUCUCGCCUCUAUAAAAAAUAACGCUUUCAAACUUGAAUUUCUAGAUAUUAAAAAAUAUAUAUAUAUGUAUAUGGUUUUCCCAAAAUAAUUAUUAUCAUUAUAGUUUUCUGUCUCUUGUACUUUCUAUCUUCCAACCGUUUUGAACGGGUCCGACCAUCACCUUCUUCUCCCUCCAUCGCUCAUUCUAUCUUAGAAGUUAUUCUAUCACAGAGAUGCUUCGUUGGGCCCAUUUCACCGCAGGGAUCGUCUCCGUUGUUGUGCUCUCUUCUCUCCUUGUAGUCUUCCUCCGUCGCUGGUGCUGUCUCCGCCGAGAGAUCACCACAACCCUUAAAGCGGCCAGUCCCAUUCGAAGCGAUAGCUUCCAGGCUAGAAUCUCAAAGCUCCACCAGACGAGCCUCAUCCACCAGCUAGAUACUUCCGACAUCAAGCGUAGAGGAAAUAUCAAAAACUAUUCAAUCUCCAGAACCGCCACUGCCGGAGGAUUCCCAUCGAAACCUGGCCUAUUCAUCUGGACAGACCAUCCGGCUUUGGUGACCGAAGCGGUCGAAAAUGGGUGGACAAGGUUCGGAUUCGCUGUCCAUGAACCGGCUCCAUUGGUGAGCGGGGCCUCCCCGGGGUCAGUUCUUCUAGGGCUUUGCACCACGGCAGGAAGCGAAGAUCCUGGUGUUGUAAUCUCAUGGGAAGUGUCAAACGGCUCCGUGGAAUUCACACAAACGAUCAAAUUUAAUCAAGCGUUCAACGAGACGGUCAACGCAAAAAAACACUUGAUGAUUCUCCGAGCAGGUUUACCACUUCCCGGACCACAACUCAUAAGUUCUGCUUUCCCACAAGAGGCUUACUUUGAAAUAACAAUCCUCGAAAUCACCCAACACCACAGUGGUGAGGCUGGUGACGUAGGUUGUGACUUAGUGGAAGGUGAAAAAACUAAGUUGUUCAAGAACCAAGGACUAAAACUUGUCAAAAGAAGUGAAUGGGAUGGAAAAAACGAAGAAGCCGUUUUGUCUCUAGGACUAGCGACUGGUGGUUCCUUCGGCGCGGGCGAGACACGACUACCAGGAAAAUUCCCGGCUUCUAUUGGGUUCCAAUCGGACGGUGCCAUCUAUCUCGAUGGUACGUACUUAUUUGUCUAUUUGCAUCAUUUAGUUUCAUUAUCCAAUAAUGGAUCUUCAAAUUUUUUACUUCUGAGAAAGUCAAAGAAAUUUUGUGGAGAAAGUUUUUGCAAAAAAGUAAACGGUAAUAUAGUAAAAUAUAUGAAAAUUGGCUGUCCUUUGAGAAUUUAUAUAUUUGGUAAUGAAAAAUGGAGACCCACUAAGGAAUAUAAACGUCGUGGUACAAACCAACCUUCCACGUCAUCUAGAAGCCCCAAUUCGUAUCACACGUCAUUGCUUUGGUUGAUUAAAGACAAACAAGGCAACAACUCUUUUUAUUAGAAUAUGAUCCUCGCUCUGCGUUGACUUUUGCUUCACUGAUUUUUCAUUUUUUGUUUUGUAAGAAUUAUUCUUUUG